CCUGUCGCUUUGCUCACUUGACUCGUGCGAAUUUUAAUUGUCGAUAACAGAUCAAUCCAGCAAUGAUAACAGAUCGAUUAGCAAAGUCCCGUGAAUCCUCGAAUAUUGCGCGAUUGCUCGAGAAUUAAACGAGAUUUCGAUCGAUAUGAUCUGCUUAUUCAUAUUAAAUUGUAAAUUUAUUAGAAUGAUGAGUUGGGGAAAAAUCGUAGGAUUACCUGGAACCAAUAUUGAGAAAGAAAGAGAAAUUGUAAAUUUGAUAAUAUUUGAUAUCGUUGAAAUAAACCAUGAAUCGGCUAACUGCAAGAGGAAUACAUCGUAGCUGCUAAUUGACGGUGCGACAAAAGAAAACUUGUGGUCAAAGUAGUCAAAGUAUCAGUAUUCGGUACAUAACCUAGGAAAGAUGUCCCAGCUAAACAUAAACACAGGCAAGCGUGGACGUGGAGGAGUCGCGAGUACUUCUGCGUCGGCGGUGUCCGCGCUGAGCAGCUCCACCGAUCUGGCGAGCCUGUUUGAGUGCCCGGUUUGUUUCGAUUAUGUGCUUCCACCCAUCUUACAAUGCCAGAGCGGGCAUCUUGUGUGCACAAAUUGUCGACCAAAGCUUUCCUGCUGCCCUACUUGCAGAGGUCCACUGGGUAAUAUACGUAACUUGGCAAUGGAGAAGGUGGCAAGCAACGUAAUGUUUCCUUGCAAAUACUCCACCAGUGGUUGUACAGUUUCAUUAGUGCAUACUGAAAAAGCAGAUCACGAGGAUGCAUGCGAGUACCGUCCAUACAGUUGUCCUUGUCCAGGUGCAUCCUGUAAGUGGCAGGGGUCUUUGGAACAAGUAAUGCCCCAUCUUAUUAUGAGUCAUAAAAGUAUCACGACUCUACAAGGAGAAGAUAUUGUUUUCUUGGCAACUGAUAUUAAUCUUCCUGGAGCUGUGGAUUGGGUGAUGAUGCAGUCUUGUUUUGGCCAUCACUUUAUGCUAGUACUCGAAAAACAAGAGAAAUACGACGGGCAUCAGCAGUUUUUCGCGAUUGUACAAUUAAUCGGUUCGAGAAAGCAAGCGGAGAAUUUUGCUUACAGACUAGAACUAAACGGGCAUAGAAGACGCCUGACGUGGGAAGCAAUGCCACGUUCUAUCCACGAGGGCGUGUCGUCUGCAAUUUUAAACUCUGACUGCCUUGUGUUUGACACCUCCAUUGCGCAAUUGUUUGCUGACAAUGGAAACUUAGGAAUUAACGUUACUAUUUCUAUGGCAUGAGAAAAGCCAGAAAAAGCAGUAUAAAGCAGAAGGGAGAGAAAGGAAACAAAUUAUGCAGACAUAUCGAGCAGUCUUUUGAAUGAGUAUGCCGAAAGUACUCGAGGAUUGCCCGCUAUGAUAUUUCUUAUGUUACCACAGAUAAAUAUUAGCAGUACAGAAAUAUAAGAAAGCGUUCGACGUGUGUUGAUAAUGCAAAGCACUCGAAAUGCUCGGUACAGGACCGCCGUUGAGAAGCUUUAAAGUGUACUUGUAUGUGAUAUCAGCACUCACAAACACAAUAAACACGUUUUCAGUAUAUCCAUGAUGCGACUUUAAAGCUUUUACAUUGAGUACGACAUCUAAUUCCGAGAAAAAGUGUGUACCUGAUAUUUGUCGCGCGCUAUUGUCACCUUACUCUCAUUCAUUUUGCAUUAAAUUUCCAAAUAUUCUUCAGAGGGAAAUCAUGUAUUAUGACUAAAUUCUAUGACACUUCUUGCCCAUGUUUCAACAUUUUUUAGGAUAUUUUACGGCUAAUGCAAUUCUUUAUUACGAGAGCUUACAUUACCAAAUGUAAUAUCUCAAAAGUUCAUUUUCAAUCUUGUGAAUUCAAUUAUCACGUUUCAUUUGGCACCGAUACAUAUUUAUUGCUAUAUGUCUUUGUUUGUUAAAAAAAGUUUACAUUCUCUCUUGCAAAGUAACACCUCAUUUAUUUGUAAUUUUCCAUUUCAUUGAGGGUCCUGUAUGUAUACGAGUCUUGUAUAUAACGUGAUAGAUCUGGUUAUUGUUCAUAAAUAAACUCGAUAUAUCGUUUGAUUAUUCGAAAACAGGAUGUAGAUAUAUGCUUUCCGCGAUUUCCUUACGCACGAAUAGCAUAAAAGACAGAUCAGUUUCUCAGGAUCUAGUCCUAUUAUCGAAACGAGAUACUAAUAUUUUUACAGUUGUAUCAAUACAGUGAAGAGCAAUGUUCAAUUGUGCAGCAAGGUUCCUGUGCAUGAUACGAAAGUUAAAAGCGAUUGAAACGAUUAUGUUGAUAUUACGGAAAUACUCUUGGAAACGUUAUAUUAAGCAUAAGUUUUACAGUGUGUUGCAAUACCUGCUAAUAUUAACCUCGGUGUAAGCUUAAUUUUAAAAAGAUUAUAUUUUAUUGAUAUAUGUGGAUAGAGAGCGAAAAGGAAAAAGUUACUUUAUAUUGUAUUCAACAUCCAUCAUGUUAGUACCCUCAAUGAACGUUUUCUCUUCAGCACAAAUUAUGUUACAUUGAUAUUACGAAAUAGCAUUCGUACUCGAAAUUACUGUGAAAAAUUACCAACGACGAAGAUCUCUCUUUGAUCUCUGUUAUUUAUACUUCUUCACGAUACGCCAAAAUAUGUCAGAUUUUUCCUUCAUCCUGUUGUUUUACGUAGCGUUAGUAAACUUUGUAAAAGAAUAAGAUAUCCAUACAGAGCAUUGAACCGAACUGCGUGGGAAAGAUUAACAAGUAACAAGGUUGAAAGAAGAGAGAAAGAAAAAGAGAGAAAGAGAGAGAGGAGAGUUACGAGGAAGAUUACUUUCUUCAAAGGAACAAUUUAGACUGAAAUGUAACUAUAUGAUGAGUAGGCUAAGUCUCUAUAACGAUUGAUUAUAUAUAUUUUUCAUAGAAAGAAAACUACACGAGUUUUACUUUCACUAAGCGAUUCGUAUUAUUGUUGAAACGACUUUGUCAAAGCACGCUGUUCUACGAUAUUGGAUUGAUAUCGCUAUAUUCUACGCUGCCGAGGUACUCAUGUUAUUAGUCGGUUUAAUGCCCUGUGGCAAAGCCUUAUGAUUAAAUGAGAACGUCUCUCGUUUAUAUAAACCGGGCGUACUGUGCUUAUCUCAUCAAUAAUUGCGAAAGAGAAAGAGUUCACGAGUGUAUAGGCGGAAAAACGCUGUUAUUGUAAAUAAAAUGACAACUUAUUAUGUGAUAUAA